ACAUGACCCAGGGCCACUCACGGCCAAACCCUGGCCCCCUGUGAGCUCUCCAUGGCCACCCUGCCCUCCACAGUUUGGGGCACGGAGUAGAGAAGGUCCCACAGGUUUUCGGUGCAGCAUCCCCGCUGAGGACACCAAGGUGUCUGCCUUCACGGGGAACCUGGAACAGGCCGGCCGGGGACAAGAGGUACUGACACCAGAGUCCUUGGGCUGGGCGCCACUGGUACAGGGUCAUAGUGGUUUUAUGGGGAAACUUUAGGGCAGCCCUGAGUGGGAAGGAGGCCGAGGGGUAGACCUUGGGAAGGAUGUCCUGGCAGCUCUGGAGAUCGUAUGGGACAGAGAUGAGGGGGCAUUUGAUUGCGGGGGAGGGGAGGUGAACAGAGCAUGGGGGAGGGCUCAUCACCUGGGGCGAGUCCUGGCCUGCUCCACAGCUCAGCGCCACACAGGGCUGCCUGUCACUCAGGAGCCUGAUUGGUUAUGGAAGGGGUCAAGGACACUGACGUUGGGAGCUCCCUCCCGGCCCUGCCCUCCACCCCUGUAGGUAGCAGACGGGGGUGGCAGGAGGUGCUGCUCACAUGCUCUGGGCCAGGAUCAGUGUUGGCUGGGCCUCCCAGGAAGUCCCGAGCAGUGUUCUAGACAUUGAUGUGCAGUCACCUGUUGGGGAGAUGUGUGAGCUUAUCCUGCCGGGAGCUCCCAGCAUUUGGGGGUCACCCAAAGCCUCUGCUUUGAACGCCCAUGGAAGGACAGUGCCCUGCAGGCGUGUUGGUGUCUGUCAGUUACUACCCAUACUUCAUCCCACGUCACUGCAACUGGAUUUGGUGGGUGGGAUCGAGGGCGAUUGAAAUAGUCCCAGGCUGUCCUGGAUUCACAUUUCCCCCAUGAGGGUGUCCUGCGACAAGCUUCAGCCGACAGGACGGGUCUGCUGGGUUCCUCCAGGAAGGGGUUCAUUCUCUGAUGAUGACAGGCAGGGAGAGCUUGGCAUCCUGCCUCUUCCAGCCUUAAGUACAUCUGGAUGGGGAUGUGCUGUCCGGAGCUGCAGCAGUCGUUUUACAACCAGGAGUUGGUGACCUUCAAAAUAGAGCCAGUGUUCUAGAGAUAGCGAGGCAGAGAGAGGCUGGGCCCAGACCGGGAUGAAACUGCUUCCGUCUGGACCUGCUGUCCCAAGAGAUGAUUAAAUCAUCAGUGCUCAGCCAAACUGCUCGGGUUUAGGUCAUUACUUGAAGCUCUGAGUUUCCGUGGAGAUGAGAAGACAGCCAGCUCUCUCACAUCUAAACAUCUGCUCUAAUGGCUUGCUCUGCCCCCCAGGGUCCAGGCAAGGGUGAAAGGGCUCUUCCUGGCCUCCUGCUGCCCGUGGUCAGAUUGCUAACGGGUUAUGCACUCUCCCAUCAAGUCGCACCCUACCUCAGGGUAGCACAGACACCACAGGGUGAGCAAACGAGGUGUUCCUCUCCCGAGUCCAGAGACCUCAUCGUGACACAGCUCUCAGCCAGGCCUUCCUGAGAUCCCACCCUGCCAAGAGCCAGGAGGAACAGGCUACACACCCCACAUGGCCACUCGUGGGGCUGUCUCCUGGCUGGCCCCUGGGGUGGGGGAGCUCUGUGAAGGAAGCAGGGCCUGGGCCCUCUGGUCAGGCUGUGAUCCCCAACUCCUGGUGUGGCCACAGCCGGACACUGGUAUCUCACUGGACUCUGCAGUGAGGGGCUGUGUACACACCAGCCCCCCCCCGCCCCCCAUGAAGCUCAUUGAUGCAUCGAAUGCUCGUGUGCUGCAGGCCAAGUGUGUGCCUGGCACUGUUCUUGGUGCUGGGGACCCAGCAACUGGGCUCCUGUUCUCACAGCCUCCUCACAUGUGGGUCCGGCCCGCUGUCUCAGGUUGGUACAUGCUCUGAGGGGACAGUUGUGUCCACCACCUAUCUCCUGGCCAUUCCUCAGUUUCUCCCAGGGGCACUAGAGAUCUAGUUGAUACCAUUGGCCUUAAGAUUAUCUGUGAUUUCAUUUAGACGUUUCUCUCAUAACCAUAACUAAUCACAAAGUUGAGAGUCUCCGUCCCAUGAAGUCCCCAAGAGGCACAUCAAAACCAGAUGGGGAGUCUCGAGGCCUCACCCGGAAGAGGACUGGUUGCCUGCCAGAGGCUGUCCAGUUCUCACGCUCUUUGAAGUCUCAGGCGGGGGAAGCAUGUCCAUCUCAAAGGCCUCAUUUAUGGAGCUGGAGAUGCUAACUUCCCUGCGAUGUGCUGACAGAAGCAGGGGGCAAGGCUGCUUCCCCAGUAGACUCUCAGUUGGGGCCCCCAGAGGUGGAAGGUGGUCCUCGGUGAGGGACGGCUGCAGUGUGAGUCCUGGGACCCGUGUGGCAGGGACAGCUGGGGCCUCACGGCCGCGGGCCUACACAGCCCCUCGCUGCUGCUGGGACCACCCUCACUGGCCCGUGGCACCACCCCAUGGUCCUGGGAGGCUCUGCCUCCUUCGGGGUUCUCCAUGAGGAGGAGAGAAUGGGAGGUGUGAAGUCCUAGGCCGGGGAGCUGGGUGUGUGGGCCCAUCCUGUGCCUGGUGCCUGUGGGGUGUGGGGCUGUCUUCGCAUGUUCUCCGUGGGGAGGUGGGGGCUGGGGUCCUCGUGCCCUGCCAGCAACAGGCCAACAGGUCCACCCCCACGUGUUGCCCUGUGCAAACACAGGGCCUAUGUCCACCAAAAGAUGGGACCAGAACACCCAGCAGGUACUGUUUGUAACAAGACGGGAGAUGCCCAGUGGGGUCUGUGCAUUAGACCACUGCUCACAGCCUCGAGGAUGUCAGGGAGUGGCUCCCAGGGCAGAAGGACGCCCUAGCUGUUCUGGGGCAUUUAAUGUUUUUGUGAUUGGUCUGGGUGCUGCCUUCCUGGCUGUGUUUAGGUUGGUGCAUUCACUAACCUGCAGAUUUACAACUCGUGUACUCUCAUGUAUGAUGUUCUUCAAUAAAAAGCACAAUCGGGGGGGGGGCAGCUUGUCAGUGGGGUGAGGCAGAUAUAAGUGAUGAUUAAUAUUUGUAAGUGGGCACCAAUGUGUGAUGACACGUGGGCCGCCUGGCAGUCGGGUGGGGGAGAGAAAGUGGGCUCGGACAGGAAUGUCACAGAUAACACUCAACACUGAGACCCCCCCCCCGCCAGCUCCCAGCCCUGCUGCCACCACCGAACAAGGCCCUUACCUUUCUUGUUGCCUCAGGUUGUCUCCCCCUGUCCGCAAACCGUUCUGUUCUCCUCCCACCUCUGCUCUUUAGAGGAGGAACUUGAGUCUUCAGCGAGAAAGUGCUGGGAGCACCCUGGAGCGAGACCAUUCUUGGCGUGCACCAUAGGCUGGAGACAGAGGUCUGCCCUUGAAGUGGUUUCUCUGUAGAGGAAGUGGGGGCUGUCAGCUCUGUCCCUGCCCCUCCCCCCACGGAGGAUGAGGCAGAGCAAGAGCCUGGUGUGACCAGGAUGCCCUCCCACAGGGCUCCGCGAGGGGGCUGAGUGUCCUAGGGGGCGGGGGCUGCCCUUAGCGAGCAUCUAACAUGGGGUAGGGAGCUAGGGGUUCAGGCUGGGGGUGCAUGGUCAACAGCCAACGACUGUCCCCAAGGCAGAGUGGCAUCGGGUGGGUGGCUGGAGAUUAGAGACAGCUCCAAGGAGGAGGUGGUGUUUGCAGGGGGCCUGGAGCAGAUUUAGAGGAGGCCCCCACAUAGGCAGACCCUGGGAGUGGGGCCAGGCUGGGAGCGCUGGUUGGCUGAGCACGGGUGAGAGGGGAGGCGCCCUGCUGAGCCCGAGUCAGGUGUCCUUGGAGCCAGUACAGCCCUGGCUGUCGUUUGUGCUGCCCAGAGGAAGGCUGGCUGGGGUGCCAUGCGCGGGUGCUCUCUGAUUGUGCAUCCAGGGUGCACGCCCAUCAUGUGGCCACCCUCAGGAGGAGGGGCUCCGGGGACUUUAAAGCUUCAUUCUUCCUGGGACCUCAGCCCACCCCAGGCCUGGAGAAGCAGGCGGCCUGGCCAGCCACGAGGCUGCAAGCGGCAUAGAAAUGCAUGUCUGGACCUGAGCAACGGCACCUCUACGAGAGGUGGGGAGGUGGGCUGAGGGUCUGGGGUCCGGAGAGACUUACAGGGUUGGUGCAAGGGAGCUUGGGGUCCUGGCUGGGAAGCGACCACCCUGGCGGGAAGCUGGGGUCUCUUCAGCUGGGUCAUGGCUGAGCUGACAGGGAGAGGGUGAAUGUGAGGGCGAUCCGGGGGACACAAGCCCUGCUGGUGGCACCAUGAGCUGAGCGGGACGCCUGAGAGUGAGGACUCCUUCCUGCUCCCUGGUGGGACUAUGUCUAUGCAGGGUCCCCAGAGGAGGCUGCUGGGCUCCUUCAACUGCACCCCCCCAGCCACCCCUCACCUCAGGCUGGCUGCCAACCAGACGGGGCCCCGGUGCCUGGAGGUGUCCGUUCCUGACGGGCUCUUCCUCAGCCUGGGGCUGGUGAGCGUGGUGGAGAACGUGCUGGUGGUGGCCGCCAUCGCCAAGAACCGCAACCUGCACUCGCCCAUGUAUUACUUCAUCUGCUGCCUGGCUGUGUCCGACCUGCUGGUGAGCGUGAGCAAUGUGCUGGAGACGGCGGUCAUGCUGCUGCUGGAGGCCGGCGCCCUGGCCACCCAGGCGGCUGCGGUGCAGCAGCUGGACGAUGUCACUGACGUGCUCGUCUGCGGCGCGAUGGUGUCCAGUCUCUGCUUCCUGGGCGCCAUCGCCGUGGACCGCUACAUCUCCAUCUUCUACGCGCUGCGGUACCACAGCAUCGUCACGCUGCCCCGUGCGUGCUGGGCCAUCUCCGCCAUAUGGGUGGCGAGCGUCCUCUCCAGCACGCUCGUCAUUGCCUAUUACGACCACGCGGCCGUGCUGCUUUGUCUCGUCGGCUUCUUUGUAGCCAUGCUGGUGCUCAUGGCGGUGCUGUACGUGCACAUGCUCGCCCGGGCCUGCCAGCAUGCCCGAGGCAUCGCCCGGCUCCAGAAGAGGCAGCGCCCCGCCCACCAGGGCUUUGGCCUCAAGGGUGCCGCCACGCUCACCAUCCUGCUGGGCAUGUUCUUCCUCUGCUGGGGCCCCUUCUUCCUGCACCUCUCACUCAUGGUCCUCUGCCCUCAACACCCCGUCUGUGGCUGCGUCUUCAAGAACUUCAAUCUCUUCCUCACCCUCAUCAUCUGCAACUCCAUCGUUGACCCCCUCAUCUACGCCUUCCGCAGCCAGGAGCUCCGAAAGACCCUCCAAGAGGUAGUGCUCUGCUCCUGGCAUGACAAGUACUGCUCCCCAGGAGGGCCUCAGGAAGAGGGCUUUUGUGACCGGCAAGACCUGGCCUCCCAGGACUGCUCCAGGAAGCACCAGUCCCCACCCAUGCUGGCAGCUUCAGCCCAGACUGCUGACCUCAAGGCCAGGAGCUGGUUCCCGGCAGGGCUAGCCUUUGCGGGGGAGACAGGACGAUCCUGGUGGCGGCGGGAGGAGGCGGCGCGCGGAGGCGGCGCGUCGCGCGGCGGAGCGGGGAUGCGCGGUGCUGAUGCUGCAGGGCCGGUGCUGCAUUCUGCGGCGGCGUCCCCGGAUUGGCCGCGCGCGCCAGCCCCGGCCUGUACGCGCGUGUCCCGCAGCCGCCCGCCGCACGCACCGAGCAUGAGGGAGAUCGUGCACAUUCAGGCCGGCCAGUGCGGCAACCAGAUCGGGGCCAAGUUCUGGGAGGUCAUCAGUGACGAGCACGGUAUAGACCCCAGUGGCAACUAUGUGGGGGACUCAGACCUGCAGCUGGAGCGCAUCAGCGUCUACUACAACGAGGCCUCUUCUCAUAAGUAUGUGCCUCGGGCCAUUCUGGUGGACCUUGAGCCCGGAACCAUGGACAGCGUCCGGUCUGGGGCCUUUGGGCACCUUUUCAGGCCUGACAACUUCAUCUUCGGUCAGAGCGGGGCCGGCAACAACUGGGCCAAGGGUCACUACACGGAAGGUGCUGAGCUGGUGGACUCCGUCCUGGACGUGGUGCGGAAGGAGUGUGAGAAUUGCGACUGCCUGCAGGGCUUCCAGCUGACCCACUCUCUCGGUGGGGGCACGGGCUCGGGCAUGGGCACGCUGCUCAUCAGCAAGGUGCGUGAGGAGUACCCUGACCGCAUCAUGAACACCUUCAGCGUGGUGCCCUCGCCCAAGGUGUCGGACACGGUGGUGGAGCCCUACAACGCCACGCUGUCCAUCCACCAGCUGGUGGAGAACACGGACGAGACCUACUGCAUCGACAACGAGGCCCUGUACGACAUCUGCUUCCGCACCCUCAAGCUGGCCACGCCCACCUACGGAGACCUCAACCAUCUGGUGUCGGCCACCAUGAGCGGCGUCACCACUUCCCUCCGCUUCCCCGGCCAGCUCAACGCUGACCUGCGAAAGCUGGCCGUGAACAUGGUGCCCUUCCCGCGCCUGCACUUCUUCAUGCCCGGCUUCGCACCGCUCACCGCCAGGGGCAGCCAGCAGUACCGCGCGCUCACGGUGCCCGAGCUCACCCAGCAGAUGUUCGACGCCAAGAACAUGAUGGCCGCCUGCGACCCGCGCCAUGGCCGCUACCUGACGGUGGCCACCGUCUUCCGCGGGCGCAUGUCCAUGAAGGAGGUGGACGAGCAGAUGCUGGCCAUCCAGAGCAAGAACAGCAGCUACUUCGUGGAGUGGAUCCCCAACAACGUGAAGGUGGCCGUGUGCGACAUCCCACCCCGGGGGCUCAAGAUGUCCUCCACCUUCAUCGGCAACAGCACGGCCAUCCAGGAGCUGUUCAAGCGCAUCUCGGAGCAGUUCACCGCCAUGUUCCGGCGCAAGGCCUUCCUGCACUGGUACACGGGCGAGGGCAUGGACGAGAUGGAGUUCACCGAGGCCGAGAGCAACAUGAACGACCUGGUGUCCGAGUACCAGCAGUACCAGGACGCCACGGCCGAGGAGGAGGGCGAGAUGUACGAAGACGAUGAGGAGGAGUCCGAGGCUCAGGGCCCCAAAUGAAGCCGCUGGAGUGGCGGAGCCAGGCUGCGGCCGUGGCCAAGAGGCCUGUCCCCCAGAGCCAUGUCGCCACUGACACCACCCCCAGCCUCGCCCCCGCCAGCUCCGGUCACGGCACCCCAGGGCUCCCGAGUGUCUGUCCUCCAGUAUUUACGGCAUCCCCACCCCACGUGAGUCCUGUCUUCCCUCCAUAGGUCAGGUCCACUUCUGUGUCUGCUUUAUUGUCAGCUCCAGGCCUGUUUUAUGGUUUGUUUUGUUUUCUUUUGUUUUUUUUUUACUGGUUUGUGUUUAUAUUUUGAGGGGGGAUACUUAAUAAAUUUAUUGCUGU